AUGGCAGAUCUCGUCCAUAUGACACCUAAGCCUGCUAGACCUCAGCAAGGACGGAAGAAGACUACAGGCAGAAAGAAUCCCAUCAAGGCACCCAAUACUGCCUCGGGAAAGCCGCAAGAAAGUAAACCGCUUGAACUGGUUACCAGCACAAAUGAAAUCGAACGAAAAAAACAACCUGUGGCGCUGAAACCAGGACCUCAGCCUCGAAAGGCAGAAGUCAAUGAGGAGAACAAAGAGAAUGUAAUGCCGGAAAAUGACAGUUCUACAGUAAACACCCAGGCCGAACCAGCAGAACCAAAGGGAGGUGUGGCACCUGUUGAUAAAGACAAGGUCGAGGCUUUCCCACCGAAGACGAUCCAAGCUUUAGUGGCGGAGGAGCUUCGUAAAACAUCGAGCUCGUCAAACUAUGGUCCCUCAACGCUCUUCACAGAAAGCCCAUGGACAGAUUCGACUGCAGCUCCAACAAGCAAAAUUGAGAACAUCACAGUGAGGGUUGCGCAAACUAAACUACCUCAGGCCGUCGAAACGUCCCAUGACGAAGAGACCUCCCUAGAUGAUCCAGGGUAUGCGCAUCCACCGAGUCGUAUUUAUAACUUCGAUAGGAUGAUUGGAAGAGGUGCCUACGGGGAAGUCUUUCGUUGCGCGACUGGUCAAGCGCCCAAAAAGCAGUAUUACGCAGUAAAGACUAUGAAACCGUUGGAGCACAAGAACAAGCGUGGGAGAUCUUUAGACAGGCGCAGGAAAGAAAGGCAACUGAAAGAAAUAGAGCUCCUGGAAUUUCUACGAGAUCACCCGGAACGACCGCAGAGUAUUAUUGAAUUCUUUGAAGCAUUUGAAUAUGGAGGAGCUCCAUUUGAGAACGAAAGAAAAAGUCGUCUGUGUCUUAGUUUUGAGUUUGCUAAAGGCCCUAGUCUUGCGAGAAUCCUCAAAAAGGGCCCGAUAAAAACAGUUGAGACGAUCAAAUCAAUCACCAAGCAGACCUUGGGUGGCCUGGAAUUCUUACACAAGAAUGAUAUUGUGCAUUGUGAUAUAAAGCCAGAGAAUAUGAAGCUAAUGACAGAUAAUUCAGAUAACCCUAUCAUUAAACUUAUCGACUUUGGCCUGUCUUUGCGCAUCACGAACGGUCCAGUACGAAGUCUCGGGGGGACGUUGAUGUACCAAGGUCCGGAAGUCUUCCUUGGUAAGAGAGUUGUCACCAGUAAACUUGAUAUUUGGGCAUUUGGAGUCAUCUUUUGGGAAAUGUUCCACGGUCUGGACAAGUUCCCGAUAGAUCCAAUUAAUAUGGAAGGGGCUAGAAAGAUUAGGAGUGAUUCGAGAGAGGCACAUGAGUAUAUGAGAAUGUACAACAAGAAAGAGUUCGAUAAGGAGCUUAAAUUCGAUACGGAUGAAUGGCAAAGUAAUCCUGAAGCAAUACCACUUGCGAAGGGCUUGCUAGAGAAGGACUAUCAAACGCGAAUCUCUGCAGAGGAUGCACUAAAAGAUGCUUGGUUAAACAGCUAG